AUGGAAAGUAAAGAAAACAACAUUUUGAGACUUAAUAGAGUUGCAGAUUCAUUUGUUCAAUUUUUUAAUAAUAGAGAAUUUAACAAUUUAGAAUUAAUAUCCCAAAUUUUUAAUAACCCAGAAUCAGACCAAUGGUGGAUGUCUGGAGAUGAAAAUAUGUACCCAUUUUCAGGUUGGAAACCAAUUCAAAAAAGAUUAAACGACAUGAUCCCAUUAAUUCAUGGUUAUGAUCAAUUUUCAUUUACAGAAUCAAACAAAACAUUUAAUAUUGAAAAAAAUUUAAUAAUUAUGGAAGCAAGAACAAGUGCAGUUGGUUAUGGAGACAAUAUCUACAUAAAUGAAUAUGCUUUCUUUUUAACAGUAAAUAAUGAUGGAAAAAUUUGUUUAAUUAAAGAAUAUUUUGAUCCAAGUGAAAUUUUAAAGUAUUCUUUAAGUAAUAAAAAAUUAACAGAAUUGUAUCACAAAGUUUAA